AUGACCGCCAGCAGGGCGGCGGCGACGCUGCCUUACAGAACGGCGGUGGUUGAUCAGUCCGGCCACGGCGAUUUCAAGACCGUGCAGUCUGCUAUCGACUCUGUCCCUUCAAAUAAUACCAACUGGGUUUCCAUCCAAAUCAACGCCGGGACUUAUAGGGAGAAAGUGGUGAUACCGAAAGAGAAACCAUUCAUAAUUCUGAAAGGAAGAGGAAGAAGAAGGACUAAGAUUGUGUGGGAUGAUCACACGUCGAUAGAGUGCCCUACGUUCAUGUCCCUAGCCGAUAACAUCAUCGUCAAGGGUCUCGGCUUUGUGUCAAAACAGAACUCUUACAACUACGGUGGUAGUAGUGAAAACGAAUUAUUGCCGGCGGUGGCGGCUGAGGUGUCGGGAGACAAGACCUCGUUUUACGGCUGUGGGUUCUCCGGAGUUCAAGACACUCUGUGGGACAAUGCCGGCAGACAUUACUUCAAGAGGUGCACUAUUGAGGGUGCCGUGGAUUUCAUAUUUGGAAAUGCCCAAUCUAUUUACGAGGUAUGCACUUUGGAUGGAUGGGAGUGUGCGAUAAGAGUAGUUAAAGGAGGAUUCAUCACAGCUCAAGCAAGAGAAACCGCAGAUUCUCCAAGCGGCUUUGUAUUCAAAGGAUGCACAGUCUCCGGCGUAGGUCUUUCCUACUUGGGAAGGCCAUGGAGGCCAUACGCUAGAGUCCUUUUCUUCAAGUCCAACUUCUCUCAAGUUGUGGAUCCCAGGGGAUGGGAUCCUUGGAAUCUUUCAGACCAGAAGGGAGUGAUCUAUGCUGAGUAUGGGAAUUUCGGACCAGGAGCAGACACAUCAAACAGGGUGAGCUGGGAGAAGAAGCUGUCAGUGGAUGUGUGGGAGAAGAUGACCAGUAUGUCUUUCAUCAAUGAGGAUGGAUGGCUACAAAGGCAACCCUACUGA